AUGUAUGUUGAUCUACCAUUUGAUGAAUUAAAAGUAGAUCCAAAUCAAAAGAAACGUAUUGCAUAUUUUUAUGAUGCAGAUAUAGGGAAUUAUGCUUAUGGUGCUGGGCAUCCAAUGAAACCACAUCGUAUAAGAAUGGCACAUUCAUUAAUUAUGAAUUAUGGAUUAUAUAAAAAAAUGGAAAUUUAUCGUGCUAAACCAGCUACAAAACAAGAAAUGUGUCAAUUUCAUACAGAUGAAUAUAUUGAUUUUAUAAGUCGAGUUAAUCCUGAUAAUUUAGAUUUAUUUACUAAAGAACAAAUUAAAUUUAAUGUUGGUGAUGAUUGUCCAGUAUUUGAUGGAUUAUUUGAAUAUUGUGGUAUAAGUGGUGGUGGAUCAAUGGAAGGUGCAGCAAGAUUAAAUCGUGGGAAAUGUGAUAUUGCUAUCAAUUAUGCUGGUGGAUUACAUCAUGCUAAAAAAUCAGAAGCAAGUGGAUUUUGUUAUUUAAAUGAUAUUGUUUUAGGUAUAAUUGAAUUAUUAAGAUAUCAUCCAAGAGUUUUAUAUAUUGAUAUUGAUGUUCAUCAUGGGGAUGGUGUUGAAGAAGCAUUUUAUACUACUGAUAGAGUUAUGACUUGUUCAUUUCAUAAAUAUGGGGAAUUUUUCCCAGGUACCGGUGAAUUAAGAGAUAUUGGAGUUGGCAAAGGGAAAUAUCACGCAGUUAAUGUCCCAUUAAGAGAUGGUAUUGAUGAUGCUACUUAUAAAUCUGUAUUUGAACCUUUGAUUACUAAAAUUAUUGAAUGGUAUCAGCCAUCAGCUAUUGUUUUACAAUGUGGAGGUGAUUCUUUAAGUGGGGAUCGAUUGGGAUGUUUUAAUUUAUCUAUGAAUGGUCAUGCAAAUUGUGUUAAUUUUGUCAAAUCUUUUAAUAUUCCAUUAAUGGUUCUUGGUGGAGGUGGUUAUACCAUGAGAAAUGUGGCACGUACCUGGGCAUAUGAGCUGGGAUUAUUGAAUAAUGUUAAAUUACCCAAUGAAUUACCUUAUAAUGAAUAUUAUGAAUAUUAUGGUCCAGAUUAUAAAUUAGAUGUUCGACCUUCUAAUAUGUUUAAUCAAAAUUCCCCUGAAUUUUUGGACAAGAUUUUAUUGAAUAUAAUAUCCAAUUUGGAAAAUACCAAACACGCUCCUUCAGUUCAAAUGAAUGAAGUUCCAAACGAUCCUGAAGAUUUGGGAGAUGUCGAAGAAGAUACAGCUGAAGCAAUGGAUACUAAAGGUGGAUCCGAAAUGAACCGUGAUUCUCAAAUACAACCAGAUAAUGAAUUUUAUGAAGAUGAUGAUAAAGAUAAAGGUGAAAAGGAUAUAAGUAAUAACAAAGACGAAGAUGCAAUGGACAUCGAUAAACCAGAGGAAGCCAAGCCAGAAGAAUCCAAGCCAGAGGAAGCCAAACCAGAGGAAGCCAAACCAGAGGAAGCCAAACCAGAAGAAGCCAAGUCAGAGGAAGCUAAACCAGAGGAAUCCAAGCAUGAGGAAACUAAACCAGUGGAAGCCAAGCAUGAGGAAUCUAAACCAGAGGAAUCUAAACCAGAAGAAUCUAAGCCAGAGGAACAACCAGCACCAGUCGAGGAACCAAAAUCAAUCGAAGAAGUUAAAACAGCUGAUGAAUCUAAGCCAUCUGAAGAAACCAAGCCAGAGACCAUUACUCUCGAGGAAUCUAAAUCUCAAGAGCCACGCGCAGAAGAAGAACCCAAACCUGAAGAGCCAAAAGAAUCCAAACCAGAAGAUGCUAAACCAAUAGAUGAAGAUCAUCCAAUGGAAGAUGCUAACAAACCAACUGAGGAGGAAUUGAAAGAAAUUGAAGAAUUAAACAAAGAAGAGUAG